AUGGCUUGGGGCUGGGACGAUUCCAACGAGGCUCACCGUCAGGUCUACAACGGCGAGCAGCACCACGAGGCCAAGUUCUCCCACGAGCUUCUGGCCGGUGCCGCUUCCUUCGAGGGCAUGAAGCUCUUCGAGGACCACCAGCGCAAGGAGGGCAAGCCCGUUAGCCACGCUUUCGCCAAGGAGCUUCUUGCUGGCAUCGUCGGUUCUCAGAUCGACAGACUUGCCGAGACCAAGGGUAUGGAUGAGGUCGACAAGAUCCGUGCCAAGAAGCACGCCCAGGAGAACGCCCACCAGAUGUACGAGGAGCACUACGAGCGCGGUCACGGCGCUCCCGAAUACGACCCUCGCCUUCCUCCUCACCCCCACUUCCGCCGUGGCUGGUACUAA